UGAGGCCGCCAUCUUAGGAGAGGCAGGAGGCGAGGGGGAGCAACUGGCCAGGUUGGGAGGCUCCAAAUUCUCUGAGCGCAGGGGGCGGGGGAGAGGGAGUCAGGACCCGCCCCCGGCCCGGAGAGAACCCAGGAGUCCUGGCUCCCAGCCCCUCCCCCCAGCCCACGGGGAGGGGGAGGGAUCCAGGUGAGCCGCAGGUGCCGGCCCCGCCCCCGGCUAUAAAGCACCUGCCACCAGGUGCGGGUGGGGGAGGAGCCGCCAUGGCCCGGAAGGGCCGAUCCCUGAGCGCUAGCAGCCGGGACCCCCCCGCCUGGAGGAGAUUCCAGCUCCCCCUGGCCAGCUCCCCCGAGCCGCCGGCCGGGACUGGCAUGGCCGCGGUGUGGCAGCAGGUGCUGGCUGUGGACGCGAGGUACAACGCCUACCGCACACCCGGCUUCCCGCAGUUCCGCACCCAGUACAUCCGGCGGCGCAGCCAGCUGCUGCGGGAGAACGCCAAGGCCGGGCACGACCCCGGCGCCCGCAGGCUGUACCUGCGGCUGCGCGCACAGCUCCUGGCGCAGCGCUACGGGCCCCUCUCCGAGCAGAGCAGCUUCCGCGCCUACAGCAACAGCAUCGUCCGCAGCAGCCGCACCACACUGGACCGCAUGGAGGACUUUGAGGAUGAUGCCCGGGCAUUGGGGGCCCGUGGCCAUCGCCGCUCCGUCAGCCGUGGCUCCUACCAGCUACAGGCGCAGAUGAACCGUGUGGCAUACGAUGAGCGGCCCCCCGGCAGCGUGGUGCCCACGUCGGUGGCAGAGGCCAGCCGGGCCAUGGCUGGGGACACGACGCUGAGCGAGAACUACGCCUUCGCUGGCAUGUACCACGUCUUCGACCAGCACGUCGACGAGGCCGUACCCAAGGUGCAGUUUGCCAAUGACGACAAGCACCUGCUGGCCUGCUGCUCGCUGGAUGGCACCAUCUCGGUGUGCCAGCUGGCGCCCGCCCCGCCCGCCGUGCUGCGGGUGCUGCGGGGCCACAGCCGCGGCGUCUCCGACUUCGCCUGGUCCCUCUCCAACGACGUGCUGGUUUCCACCUCGCUGGACAGCACCAUGCGCAUCUGGGCCGCCGGCGAGGGCAAGUGCAUCCGCCAGAUCCCCGACCCCGACGGCGCCGAGCUGCUCUGCUGCGUCUUCCAGCCUAUGAACAACAACCUCACGGUGGUGGGGAAUGGGAAGCACAACCUGCAUGUGGUGAACAUCUCGACGGGGAAGAAGGUGAAGGGCGGGUCGAGCAAGCUGACGGGCCGGGUGCUGGCGCUCUCCUUCGAUGCCCCUGGCCGCCUGCUCUGGGCCGGCGACGACCGCGGCAGCGUCUUCUCCUUCCUCUUCGACAUGGCCACGGGGAAGCUGACCAAGGCCAAGCGGCUGGUGGUGCAGGAGGGCAGCUCCAUCACCAGCAUCUCGGCCCGCUCCUGGGUCAGCCGGGAGGCCCGCGACCCCUCGCUGCUCAUCAACGCCUGCCUCAACAAGCUGCUCCUGUACCGGGUGGUGGACAAUGAGGGGACCCUGCAGCUGAAGAGGAGUUUCCAGAUCCAGCAGGGCUCCCACCCUGUGCGCAGCAUCUUCUGCCCACUCAUGUCCUUCCGCCAGGGGGCCUGCGUGGUGACAGGCAGCGAGGACAUGUGCGUCUACUUCUUCGACGUGGAGCGCGCCAGCCGGGCCAUCGUGAACAAACUGCAGGGGCACAGCGCCGCCGUGCUGGGCGUCAGCUUCAACUGCGACGAGAGCCUGCUGGCCUCCAGCGACGCCAAGGGCAUGGUCAUCGUCUGGCGCCGCGAGCAGAAAUAGGGCUCCCGGCCCACCACC